UCUACAUCUUUCUUCAGAAAUCUCUCAACGCUCGCUAUCAUGUACAUCCUCAAACCGGCAGCAUUGCUGCUCAUGUCCCCAUUUCAGGCGAUAUCUUUCGUCACCUCUACAGUUGUACCCGAUUCUGUCGAUGUAGCAGUUGUGGGUGCAGGAUUGGCUGGUCUUACAGCCGCUCGAAAUCUCAUUCGAAGCGGGAAGUCUGUAGUAGUGCUAGAAGCUAGAGACCGCGUGGGUGGCAAGGUCUACAAUCAACCACUUGCCAAUGGCGGUGUCACCGAAGUAGGCGCCGAGUUUGUUGGACCAACUCAGGAUAAAGUGCUCAGCAUGAUCGCUGAGUUGGGACUCAAAACCUUUGACACCUACGACGCGGGACUUUCGGUGGUUUGGCGCAACGACACUCGUAUCCUGUUCAGUCCGGACCCCGCGCUUGGAGGUGCGCCCCCAGUCGACGAGUCGGCUCUCAUACAAAUCGCAACUGCGCAGGCACGACUGGAUACCUGGGCAGCAGAAGUUAACACCAGCUCUCCAUGGACACAUCCUCAGGCAUUGAACUGGGACAACCAAACCUUCGAUAGAUUCUUGGACGACUAUGCCGCUCAUUCGGAUGCCAGGUUCGUGCUGACCACGGCUUGUAAGGCUCUGUUCUCCGUCGAACCCCGAGAGAUAUCGCUUUUAUAUGUCAUUGCGUACAUUGCAGCAGCCGGGAAUGAGACAACUCCUGGAUCUUUGAGCAGAUUAAUCGCAGUCGAAGGUGGUGCACAAGAGUCGCGUGUCGUGGGUGGGACAGGGCUUAUUCCCGAACGUCUCGCAGAGACUGUAGGCUUCGAACACAUCAUACUCAACUCUCCCGUCGUUAAGAUUUCGAAGGACAAUAAGGGCUACAAGGUUGUCUCUCGCAGUGGAGUUGUCUUAGCCAAGAAUGUGGUUCUGGCUAUAUCUCCUCCACUGCUCCGCAAAAUUGCUUUUGAGCCUCCGCUCCCAGUUACUCGACAGCGCUUAAACCAAAAUACCAAGAUGGGGGCCAUAGGAAAGGGUAUCGCGGUGUACAAUACUCCUUUCUGGCGCAGUCAAGAGAAUGUUAGCGCUCAGGUCACCUCAGACACCGGUUCCGUGCGAGUCACCUUCGACAGCACUCCAGACGAUGCUUCCUUCGGCGCGAUCUUGGGCUUCAUUCUCGGCGACGAGACGCGCGAAAUAGACAAACUCCCUGUGGAGGUCGGGCGAGCACGAAUCUUAUCUGACUAUGUCCGGUACUUUGGCGGUAACGCACAGAAUGUGACAGAAUUCGUCUUAUUCCGCUGGGACCUGCAGGAAUGGUCUAUGGGUGGUCCGACUGCAAUCGCCCCACCGAACGUCUUGUCAAAAUAUGGCAGCGCUCUACGUCAGAGUGUUGGUGGACUACACUUUGCAGGCACUGAAACAAGCGAGUACUGGACAGGUUACAUGGAUGGUGCCAUCCGCAGUGGUGAACGCGUUGCUCGAGAGAUUCAGGAACUGUCUUGACCAACUGAUACAGCGAUUGGAUUAUGUCCGUAAUUAGCUAUGACAGGCGACGUACAUGUGAUGUCUAUGUUCUGAUAGCAAUACCGAGAAUAUAUACGGACUGAUUGUUUUUCUACAGCUCAAAGGUUGCGUUAUAUACAUGUGCUACAAAUUCUUAAUUGGCUGUCU